GCGACGCAACCGCCUUCAUCACAUUCGGAACCAAAGGAUCCGCCUGUUGUUAUUUUAGAUGAUCCCAUACCUGACGAGAACAAGGAGGAUAUUAAAGACAGUGAUGUGCUCGUCAGUGAGAACAGUCAGCGUGCUUUGAUCACUCCCACUGUAACAACUCAGAACCAGACGAUGUACCGAAGACCGCCUUUCUACGCAGUGCCGGCAGGAGGCGCACAUUACCCAGCAUCCCCUGCACAAAAUGGCAUCAAGAGUCCGCCACCAUUUCCAAGCAGACGAUCGCCCGGAGCGAAUUUGUUUGACAGAGCACAAGGUUUUUAUCACGCAGGUUUCACCGCACGUCAAAUCAUGCCUGCUACGGCUGUUGCUAUGGAGGAGCAAGCUCCCCUGGAUUUAUCCAAACCUAAUAAUAAAACUAAGUCACCACGCGAAGUUUUAAUAAGAGAUGUCGACAGCCCUUUGGAUUUAUCAGUAAAAACACGUAAAAGAAGUGCAGAUACGACUGACAAUGAAAAUGACGAUGACGUCAUAUUUCUCAAAGAGGAAGGCCCGCCUCAAGCCAAAUAUGCAAAGGACGAACAACACACUUCACAAGCUUUUAAACUGCAGAACAAUCUCAACAUCGGGAGUCCGAGGCGAACAUUUUGUAAAAACAAUGGUUAUCUCAUGUCGCCCAGUCCUGUGAAAGAGCCGCCACUAUACACGGGGACUUGCACUCCCGGGAAUCAGGUAGACCGAAACCCUUACGGUUCUCAAGCAGAUGUUACGAGCAAUCAGCAUUCGCCGCUUGGUCGUCCCAAGUUCAUGCAGCAGAUCAUACCUACAGGCACGCGAACUUUUCAACCGCAGUCACGGCCUGUAGGGGGCGUGACAAAUAUAAACCCUCAUUCUCAGCCCGGUGCUAAUAAGAUACCUGGGUCGACUGUUCACAUUCCUACCAGUGCUAAUAACACAAUCUCUCCAGAGAGACGGGCGGUGAACCGUUCAGUGGCACCCUCUCACGGCAACCUAACUCCUGGCAGACCAUACACCUCUAAAACAGACGCCACCUCGCACCGGACAGUAAGCCCCGCAGCCUUGGAUGCAUUCAUGGCCCUCAGGCAAAAAUCUACGGCCAUGUUUCACCGCAUCAGGAAAUGA